AUGAAAUUACUUAUUGAAAAGCUUUUUUCGCAGUUUGUUAUCGCCACUUUCGUGGCCGUCGCUGCCGCUGUUCCACCCAGCUACAAGCCGGAAUACAAGGCACCCAGCUCCCCAGCCCUAAGCUACCCUGCACCAAAGUACACUACUUCUAGCUACCCCGCAGCGGCCCAUCCUGCACCAGCCUACCCCGCACCAGCUUACCCUACUCCCAGCUACAACAAGGAUAACAAAUACGCUGGUAUCACCAUCACCAGCCAAUCUGACGAGCGCAAUCUCGAUGGCAGCAGCAAAUGGAGCUACGGCCAGUCUGACUACACAACCCGUGAAGAAUCUCAAGUUCAGAAGAAGAUGCAAGGAGUCGCUUACGAUUCUUACGGAAAGGCCACCUACGAAGAUGUUAUGGGCAACACCAACAAGGGAUCUUCCUACUGGGUUUCACCUGAAGGCGAGACAUUCACUUUAACCUGGACCGCUGAUGAUGCUGGAUUCCAGCCCAAAGGUGAUCACUUGCCCGUUGCCCCCGUUCACAUCCCCUUCAGUGGAAAGGGUUACAAGAUUUACUAGAUUUCCCGACACGUGAUUGAAUAUUUAAAGUAUGUCCGAUAAUUUUUGUAUAUCUCGUUUAUCGCAAGUGUGGUGUAAAU